GUCGGCUGGGCCGGGGCCGCGGACGAGAUGGCGGAAGGCGGGGGCUCCGGGGAGCAACCAGAUGCGGAGACCCAGAAAUCCGAACUCGGGGCCUUGCUGAGGACCACGCUCCAGCGAGGGGCGCAGUGGUAUCUUAUUGACAGCCGGUGGUUCAAACAGUGGAAGAAGUAUGUGGGCUUUGACAGCUGGGAUGUGUACAAUGUGGGAGAACACAACAUGUUUCCUGGCCCGAUAGAUAACUCCGGACUCUUUUCAGAUCCUGAGAGUCAGACCCUGAAAGAACAUUUAAUAGAUGAAUUGGACUAUGUAUUGGUCCCAACUGAGGCCUGGAAUAAGCUAAUAAACUGGUAUGGCUGCAUAGAAGGCCAGCAGCCCAUCGUCAGAAAAGUCGUGGAGUACGGCCUGUUCGUCAAGCACUGCAAGGUGGAGGUGUAUCUGCUGGAACUGAAGCUCUGUGAGAACAGUGACCCCACCAACAUGCUGAGCUGCCAUUUCAACAAGGCCGACACCAUCGCCACCAUCGAGAAGGAGAUGCGGAAGCUGUUCAACAAUCCUGCGGAGCGGGAGACGCGGCUGUGGAACAAGUACAUGAGCAACACCUACGAGCAGUUGAGCAAGCUCGACAACACUGUCCAGGACGCGGGGCUGUACCAGGGUCAGGUGCUAGUCAUUGAGCCCCAAAAUGAGGAUGGCACGUGGCCGAGGCAGACCCUGCAGUCAAAUGGAUCUGGCUUCUCUGCUUCGUAUAAUUGUCAGGAGCCCCCAUCGUCUCAUGUCCAACCGGGGCUCUGUGGACUUGGAAACCUGGGGAACACCUGCUUCAUGAACUCUGCUUUGCAGUGCUUGAGCAACACCGCGCCCCUGACGGACUACUUCCUCAAAGACGAGCAUGAGGCCGAAAUCAACAGAGACAACCCUCUGGGGAUGAAGGGCGAAAUCGCAGAGGCCUACGCAGAACUCAUUAAGCAGAUGUGGUCUGGGAGGGAUGCUCACGUGGCGCCUCGCAUGUUCAAGGUGGGCCGAUGCCUGUGCCCCCGCCCCAUGGGGGGAGACCAGUGUCAUGCUGUCGUGAGGCGUUCUUUUGCUUGCAUUUUGAGAUUAAGAUGGAAUCUGAGCCUGGCCAGUGUGGGCCAGGGGUUAAGUGUUGAAUCCCUGACUCCCCCACUGCUGGCCAGGGAGACCCCUUCUGCCCCUGCUGCUCCCACGCUGCUGAAUCUGAUGAAAAUGUAG